AUUACUUAAAGUCACAGGAAUUGGGCUCCCAGGCCCAAAAUCAAACUACAGCUACAGGUCAAAACGACAAAACCUCAUUUGCCCGAAAAAACUAAACAAAGAAAAAGAAGCUGGGAAAGAAGAGAAAAUUAAAAAGAAAAAAAGAAAAAAGCAUAUACAGGGACAAAACCCCAAACUGAAAUCAAUCGUUCCUUGUGGGAUUCAAUUUUUAGGGUUGUUGUCCAAAACAAGUAAAUGAAACUUGCAGGUCUACAAUCCAUCGAGAACGCUCACGACGAGUCAGUAUGGGCAGCGACAUGGGUCCCCGCCACCCAGACCCGACAGGCUCUCCUUCUGACCGGUUCACUUGACGAGACCGUGAAGCUAUGGAGAUCCGACGAGCUUAACCUAGAGCGAACCAACACCGGACACUGCCUCGGCGUCGUUUCUGUGGCGGCCCAUCCUUCAGGUGUUAUCGCCGCGUCCGCUUCGCUUGAUAGCUUUGUUAGAGUCUUCGAUGUGGACACAAAUGCUACCAUUGCAACUCUCGAAUCUCCACCCUCAGAAGUUUGGCAAAUGCAGUUUGACCCCAAGGGUACCACUCUUGCAGUUGCUGGUGGGGGUAGUGCAUCAGUCAAUCUUUGGGACACUGCUACAUGGAAGCAGAUUGCCUCUCUUUCUGUUCCCCGUCCAGAAGGUCCCAAGCCUUCCGAUAAGAAUAGCAGCAAGAAGUUUGUCUUAUCAGUUGCGUGGAGCCCUGACGGGAAACGACUUGCUUGUGGCUCCAUGGAUGGCACUAUUUCUGUUUUUGAUGUAGCCCGAGCUAAAUUUUUACACCACCUCGAAGGCCAUUUCAUGCCUGUGCGUUCUCUUGUUUAUUCUCCUAUUGAUCCUCGCGUGCUUUUUUCCGCAUCAGAUGAUGCUCAUGUGCACAUGUAUGAUUCCGAAGGCAAAAGUCUCAUUACAGCAAUGUCAGGUCAUGCAAGCUGGGUAUUGAGUGUUGAUGCAAGCCCUGAUGGAGCAGCUAUUGCAACUGGUUCAAGCGAUAGAACUGUAAGGCUAUGGGAUCUUAACAUGAGGGCUGCUGUGCAGACAAUGAGCAAUCAUUCAGACCAGGUUUGGGCGGUAGCAUUUCGACCACCGGGAGGAACUGGCGACCGUAAUGGUCGCCUUGCUAGUGUGUCUGAUGACAAAAGCAUCUCUCUCUAUGGUUACUCCUAAACAUGCGUGGCAUGUUGGGAGCAAAGACAUAUGGGGUUGGUUGUUGUUACAAGAUUUACUGCUGUUAUUGUUGUUAUUUAUCAAAUUGAUCCUAGAGAAAUGUUUAAUUUUUAGAUCAAUUUGCUUCUGCACUAAUUAUCUUUACUUCACAAAAUGGUAAACAGAAGAGGCAAUCUUCCUGGCCAUCAUGAAAAAUAGGAGGAAGAGUAAGGUCAGCAAUUAAGAUUCCGAUGAAAGAAAUUGAUCCAAAGAUCUGAUCUCCCUGUUCUGGUGAGCCUCAGUUGUGGCUUUCAAAGCCAAUUAUGAUGUAUUGGACCUUUACCGAUUGCAGUUGUAGCCUUUUAUUGUUUUUGUCAAAUGAUGAAUAUAUGCAGACUUCUAUCCACAAAA